UCCAAGUGCAAGGAGCCAUUACUAUUAGAUAUUGUAAGAUCAGAAAUAAUUUCGUCUGCCAUGAGUAUCAAGCACGAUUUACUUCAUACAGAUGUGGAAAUUGCAUUUGUUGAGCAAGUAGAAGACGUUUUAGUAUUGUCCAGUUCAUUUUUUCCAAGUAAAGUUGGUGGGAAACCAGCGUGGCUAUCGUUGACAGGACAACCAGAAAAUAUCAACUGCAAGAACUGCAAAAAUCCCAUGAUAUUUUUGCUUCAAGUUUAUGUCCCUUCUGAUGAUGUGACAAGUUCGAAUUAUCAUCGCACUAUUUUCAUCUUUUGCUGUCAAAAUGGUAAAUGUUAUCAGUUAAGGAAUGAUAACAAUAGUUUUGCUGUUUUCAGAUGUGGCUUACCACGUGAGAAUAUUUUUUAUCCUCCUAACGAUGUUUCACAUGAGAAAGUAGGCGAAAGCCAUAAAGAAAAGUUGAAAAUGGAAAAUACUUGGACAAAACUGUGCAAAGUUUGUGGUUGCCCCGGUAGCAAAGUGUGUGGAAAGUGUCACAAAGUACAAUAUUGUAGCAAGCAACAUCAGUCUUUUGAUUGGAAAAGUGGUCACAAGAAAAUGUGUGGUUCUGAAUGCAAAGAUGAAAUAGUUUCAUGUAGAAAUGUACCUAGUCUUCUUUUUCCUGAAUACGAGCUUGUCAGUGAGCCAGAAAAUGAGCUUGUUAACGAGCUUGAAAACAUUGAUGAGUUGGAGAGAAAUUGUGAAGAAUUGAGUUUAAGUAAUGAAAAUAUGUAUGUUAUGGAAGAAUACAGUGGCUUGGAUAAAGAUUGGAAAUCAUUGGAGAAAGAAAGUCGAAAAAUCAAUGAUGUUGUUGAGGACAAAACCUACUUGGAAUUCAGGGAAAGGAUUCAUAUUCAACCAGAACAGGUGCUUCGAUAUGAACGGCAUGGAACUCCUCUUUGGGUUUCAAAUUUGAAUAAACCGAAUGAAAGUGACAUACCCAACUGUGUUUGUGGAGCAAAAAGGACAUUUGAAUUUCAGGUUUUGCCGCAGUUGUUAAAUCAUUUGAAGGUGGAUUCUCUUGAAGCAAGUAUUGAUUGGGGAACUUUAGCUGUGUAUACAUGCUCUGAAGAUUGUAGCCAAGAUGAUAUUGCAUAUCAUGAAGAAUUUCUUUGGAAACAGGAUUUUUGUAACACUGGGAUACCUGCUGAAAUACUGUCAAAAAUCAAAAGCUAGCAUUUUUGUGUCUAGUUGUUAUUGCUAAGUGUUUUAUUUACAUUAAAUAGUAAUAACUUAUAACCGAAAA